GAGAAGCAGAGAACCUGAUAGAUGAAAAGAAGACGGUCCCUGCUAGCUCUCACCUUUUGCACCUGCUACCUGGCUUCUCACCUUACGAACAAGUAUGUUCUGUCUGUCCUGAAAUUUACCUACCCUACAUUAUUCCAAGGGUGGCAGACACUCAUCGGUGGACUUUUGCUUCAUGUGUCAUGGAAACUUGGCUGGGUAGAGCUCAACAGCAGUUUAAGAUCUAAUUUUUUGGCAUGGCUUCCUGCUUCAGUGCUGUUCGUGGGUAUAAUCUAUGCAGGGUCCAGAGCUUUGUCCAGACUGGCUGUUCCUGUGUUUUUCAUUCUGCAUAAUGUAGCUGAAGUUCUCAUCUGCGUGUACCAGAAAUGUGUCUGGAAAGAGAAAACAUCGCCCACAAAGGUCUGUAGUGCCCUCUUCCUCGUGGCUGCUGCAUUGUGCCUUCCCUUUCAGGAUGCGCAGUUUGAUCCAGAUGGAUAUUUUUGGGCUAUAGUUCACUUAUUUUGUGUAGGGGCUUACAAAAUACUUCGGAAGUCCCAGAAGCCCAGUGUGUUAAGUGACAUUGACCAGCAGUACUUAAACUAUAUAUUCAGUGUGGCACUCCUGGCAUUUGCAUCGCACCCCACAGGUGACCUCUUCAGUGUCCUGGACUUUCCAUUCCUGUAUUUCUACAGAUUCCACGGCAGCUGCUGUGCCAGCGGAGCUUUGGGCUUCUUUCUCAUGCUCAGUACAGUAAAGCUGAAAAGUAUUCUGGCCCCAGGGCAGUGUGCAGCCUGGAUUUUCUUUGCUAAGGUCAUCACAGCUGGCUUGUCACUAUUGCUGUUUGAUGUGAUCCUGACCAGUGCAACUGUGGGAUGCUUCCUGCUUGGUGGACUUGGUGAGGCCCUGCUGGUUUUCUCAGAGCGGAGGAGUUCCUGAUGAAGAUGGUCAAGGAAAGGAAACAUGCAACUUGCUGACUGAGAACACAGCACCCUGGCCUCCCUCUUGAGAGACAUAGAAAGAACAUACUACAGUGAGACCAAGCUGAACUCAGACAGCCCAUUUUCAUUGCUUAGGGCAGGGUUUCCUAGGAGCCUCUGCACAGCUGCAGAGAAAUGGUCUGUCUGUCCAUCUUACAUCUUCCCUUGCUGGACUGUUGCCACUCUGUCUACUGCACCAGUUCUGCCAGUCAGGAAGCAGAGGCUUUUAAUGGGAUGGCACCAUUAUCUGGAUGACUGCAGCCUCAGGACACUACACUUCCCACCAGAUACUGUUUUGUGGUGAGGUCGCAGUCCCAUGGAGUCUUUUUGCAAAUUUUGGUCGUGUUUUGUAUCUUUAUAUCUUGGAGUCUCUUCUACCCCUUGAUUUUUCUGGUUUCCCUGAGCCCAUGCCCACCCACAGAAAACAAGACAGGUGCUCUUGAGAGCUGUGUGGGGCAGGGCA